ACCAACAGAGCUCUAUGACUGUACGACCUUUAUGUUAUACCAAGUACAAUACUAGCACACAAAAUGAUGGACGCAUGAAAAGUUUGUCCGAUAAGGGUCACUGUUUUCUACUGGACAUCUGACCGUUGGUCAAGGAAGGUUAUUUGUGUAAUGGCAGACAUCGCAUUGAGUGGUGGUUACCUCAGUGAAGGAAGGAUUACUGUGCAAUUAUUGACAUGUGACAGACAUACCUUUGCCAGCUGUUGUAUCUGAGAAAAAAAUGGAGGACGAGGAAUUACUACUGGUCAAUUCUGAGAAAAGGAUAGAUGUCACUCGCUUCCUACAUACCCAGAAACAAAUCCGGGAUACCUACGGCAAGGAGAAGGUCAUUGUCUCAUGGAAGGACAGGCUGAGAGAAAAGUUCAAAUGUUCCGGUACAACCUGUCUACGUACUUUUCUGUCUUACAUCCCGUUCAUCAACGUUAUCAGGACAUACAAGCUGAGGGAAUACAUACUUGGGGAUAUCCUCAGUGGAAUUACAGCGGCGUGUUUACAUUUCCCUCAGGGACUUGCAUUCGGAAUCCUAGCCUCUCUUGCCCCAGCGUUCGGCCUGUACACCUCGUUCUUUCCAAUCGUAUUAUAUAUGUUUUUCGGAACAUCUCAUCACACAUCGUUCGGUACAAAUGCUGUCAUCGCCCUUUUUACGGCAGAGAUAGUUGAGGCCCAAGUCAGUGGUCUUGUAAGACAGACACCUGUAGCAAACGUGACAGGAAAUGACACUCAAACGGUUGAAGGACUUGACGACGACGCCAUAAUGGAGAUGAAAGUGAUGGCAGCCUCCGGAGCAUCUCUCAUUGUAGGGAUCGUACUUCUGGUCAUGGGUAUACUCCGUUUAGGAUUUCUCACCUCCUAUAUGUCGUCGUCUUUCAUACACGCAUUCGUGUGUGCCAGUGCAUUUCACAUCGCAACAAGUCAGAUUCCGAAAGCCUUGGGUAUAUCAAUCCCAUUAUUUACUGGACCUGGAAAAUUAGUUCUGUCAUACAUAGAAAUAUUCAAAGCAAUUCCAAAUAUCAAUGUUGCUUCGCUCAUUAUUACAAUCUUGUCAAUGGCAAUCUUAUUGUUAGUGAAAGAAUGCAUCAAUAAACGGUUUAAAGACAAGAUGAAAAUGCCAAUUCCUAUAGACCUUAUCCUUAUUGUCAUCGCAACCAUCAUAUCUCACUUUGCAAACUUUAAAGAUGUCUUCGCAGUGCCUGUGGUUGGUAACAUUCCUAGUGGAAUCCCCGCCCCUCGUCUUCCAGUUCUUUCCUCUGAUUACGUAGGAACAGCAAUCAUAGUCGCCAUUUUGGUGUUUGUCCUGUCAAUUGCAAUGGCGCGAACCUGCGAACUAAAGCAUGACUACCAAAUCGACGAUAACCAAGAACUUGUUGCUUAUGGAAUUUCCAACUUAGGAAGUUCAUUUUUUCAAUGUUUUCCAUCCUGUACUGCGCCUCCCCGAACAAUGCUCCUGAGUUUGAUGGACGCCAAAACAACCUUGAACGGCCUGUUUUCCGCCGUGGUCAUGCUACUUGUGCUGAUGGUGAUAGGACAGUUGUUUGAGUCACUUCCGCUUCCGGUUCUUUCUGCGAUGGUCAUCAUUGCGGUGAAGGAUCUCCUGCUGCACGUGACAGAACUACCGAAUUUCUGGAGGAUAAAUGGAUAUGAUUUCGUCAUAUGGAUGGGAACCUGUCUGUGUGGAGUGUUCAUUGAUAUCCCGUACGGCUUGUACGCUGGUGUGGGGCUUGGGCUGUUAACGAUUGCCGUGCAGAGUCAGAGAUCGGCUAGCUAUACGCUCUCUACACCCAAAGACGAGGAUAUAUAUUUGGACUCUUCAAUGCAUCGUAAUCUACAUCAACUACCAAACAUACGCAUCUUCCGAAUGGAAGCAUCCCUUUAUUUUGCAACGUCGGCUAUAUUCAAAAAUAAAUUGUAUAAAGAGGUCUGUGACCCUAGACAACUUGCAAAAUCGGCUGAAAUGGAAAAGAAAAAUGGGAUUGAAUAUACCGAAAAUGGAGGAGAUGAAGAUGUUACCAAACGUCCCCAACAAGAACUUAAAUACCUGGUGAUAGACUGUUCACUUGUCAGCUACGUCGAUAUAAACGGGAUGAAAGUCUUAGCUCAAAUCACGAAGGAGUUCCGAAAGGUGAAUGUCACGGUUGUCUUAGCGCGGUGUUCACGUUAUAUGUUAAAAAGUCUAGAUACAUCGAUACUCUCGGACGUGUUCACAGACAACCGGGUUUUCCUGGACCUCAACGACGCUAUUUACGCAUGUAAACAUUCCUUGGUCUAGGUUGAAAGGCAUAUACCCUGCGGUAACUAGAAUCUCUGCAACCUAAUGACGAUCAUGUAAACAAGCUUUUCUUUGAAAGUGUCUCUUUAGAAAGAUGUGCUUCAUAACAUGCAAUUGGCUAUCAAUGUUUUUUUGUGUGUAAAUACUUCGAACUUGUAUGUGGAACGAGGACAGUGAUAAAGAUACACAGAAAGACAAUACAUUGGUAGAUAGCUAAUAACCACACAACAACGUGUUCAAUAGCAAACGGCAGAAGCCUUCCUAGGUAGAACUGAACAAAUACUUUUGUGUGAUUAUUUUGUAAUCUUCAGUGUGUCAUAUACAUAGUAAUCCUAUUGAAAACAAGUUAUCUUGGAUAGAAAGUGUUUAAUAAUUAAAGGGUGCUUACUUUCGUACAUGUUUAUAAAGUAGCAAAUUGCUUAUGUAUAUUUAAUACACUCUUGCUAACGGAUGUUUAACGAUGUUACCUUAAAUGAUUGUUUUAUACAAAUACCUUAACUACAUGUUAACGUGUAGUUCAGCUAAAGUAUACCUGAAGGUCAGUAGAAGUACACUCGAAGUUAAGCAGAAGUAUACUUGAAAUUGAGUAGAGGUAUACUUGAAAUUGAGUAGAGGUAUACUUGAAAUUGAGUUUAGGUGUACUUGAAGUUCAUCAGAAUUAAACUUUAAUAUACAAAUAGCUUAACUACAUGUAUAUGUACACUUUUAGCUUAGUAGACGUAUAUUUGAAGUUUAGUAGAAUGUUACUUGAAGUACAGUAGAUGUAAAUAUGUAGUUCAGUAGAAGUAUACUUGAAGUUCAGUCGAAGUAAAUAUGUAAUUAAGUAGAAGUAAAAAUGUAGUUCAGUAGAAGUAUAGUUGAAGUUCAGUAGAAGUAUACUUGAAGCUCAGUAGAAAUAUAUUUUAAGUUCAGUAGAAGUAUACUUGAAGCUCCGUAGAAGUAAAUAUGAAGUUCAGUAGAAGUAUACUUGAAGCUCAGUAGAAGCAUAUUUUAAGUUCAGUAGAAGUAUACUUGAAGCUCAGUAGAAGUAUAUUUUAAGUUCAGUAGAAGUAUACUUAAAGCUCAGUAGAAGUAAAUAUGAAGUUCAGUAGAAGUAUACUUGAAGCUCAGUAGAAGUAAAUAUGUAGUUCAGUAGAAGUAUACUUGAAGUUUAGUAGAAGUAUAUUUGAAGUUUAGUAGAAGUAAAUAUGUAGUUCAGUAGAAGUAUACUUCAGUAUAUUUGAAGUUUAGCAGGUGAAAAUA